CUUAAGCGAUCAUCAUGAUCCCCCCAUGACCUGGAAAAAUCGGGUUCUAAGCGAUCCUCGGAUCCCCCCUUUUUCUGUCAAAAAGACUGUGUUUCUAAGGAGAUGUAUACCUCUCCUAAGAGUCUUACGAGUGUACUUGUAUUGCUUUAAAUUAUUGAAAAUAAUCAAUACGAUUAACAAAAUAAUAUAUUUGAUUUUAUGUGUACCAAAAAUAUUUAUACUUAAAUUUCGAAUAUUACUUUAGUUAUGUUAAUAUUAAUAUUUAUUAGAUAAUGUAUACUAAUAUUUGCAUCUUUUAAUAUUAUUUAUUUAUGCUAAUAUUAAUGUUUAUUAUAUAAUGUAUAUUUCUCUAAAUGAACCUUGAUUUAAUUAAUAUUGCAUCUUAUAAUAUUAUUUAGUUAUGUUAAAAUUAAUAUUUAAUUAGAUAAUGUAUAUUUCUCUAAAACAACCUUGAUUUAAUUAAUAUUGCAUCUUAGAAAAUUAUUUUAGUUAUGUUAAAAUAAAUGUUUAUUAGAUAAUGUAUAUUUCUCUAAAACAACCUUGAUUUAUAUAUAAAUUGUAUCUUAUAAUAUAUUUAUAUAUGUAUAAAUCAUCAACUUAUAAUGAAAUUUAAAAUUUUUUCUAGGAUGCAUGCCAUAUAGUCCGCUAUAGGGGCAUAACGAAUGUGCUUGAAUGGAACGACGUCAUCUUGCCCUUUCUAAAAAGGGCAAGAUUGGAUUCGAUUCGGCAUUUCAAUGGGAUUAAGAUCGACCGCCAACUCAUCACGCCGAUGGUAGAGAGAUGGCGAAAGGAGACACACUGCUUCAAUUUUCGUGAAGGCGAGUGCACCAUCACACUUAAGGACAUCGCCAUCUUAACCGAUCUCCCCAUCGAUGGUGAUGUUGUUUGGGUGGAUUCUACGCCACCACCUAAAGUUGUUGCCAAUAUGAGUGGUUGGCAACAUUUUAUAUGGACGGUCACCGGGUUGUGUCCGCCAGAGAAGGGAGAUCACGAUGCGGAUGGUCAUCCACCAUUGUCCAAGGGCCAAGUAUCCAUCACUUGGUUGACAGCGGAGAUCAGGCGUAAGCACAACCCUGAGUUCGGAGGCAUUCCCCUCACGGAGGAAAGUUCGGAACGUGAUAAAGAAAUUUAUGCACGUAUCUACAUCCUCGGCAUGAUCGGAGGAGUCUUCUUCCCCAAGAAAUCCAACAACCUAAUCAGCAAUUCAUGGUUGAAGAUCAUACUUGGUGUCCUGACACUAUAAACCGCCCUUUGGGUAGGCGGUUUGUAAUGCCGACACUUAAACGCUCUUUCCUAAAGCGUUUUGUGGUAGGGUUAGCCUAUAACCGCUCCUUCCAAAAGCGUUUUGUUCUGAAAAUUAAAAACGCUUUUCCGUGGCGCGGUUAUUAUCUAAAACGCUUCCUGGAAGCGCGGUUUUAGUAAAAACCGCUUCAUAGAGGCGCGGUUUUAAAUAAAUGAUGGUAUUUUUGGAAAUUAUUUGGAGUGGGUGGUAUUUUUGUAAUUUUUUUUUAAAACAGUGGUAUUUUUGGAUUUUUUCCGUAUAUCUCGCAGGUAUCUUUAAAUACAUCAAGUAUUUAGUUACUGCUACUUCCUCCGACGAUGCAGCGGAAGAGCCUCCUGCCGGCGAAGUAAAGCAGCGGUAACACAAUCAGCACCGCCACCGCGCCAGCCACCAUCUCUGGGGACUCGGAGGAACCUUCCCCUUCAUAAGCGGGCUCCAUAUUUUCAGGGUUCAUAUUUUUCAGGGAUAUUUUAGUUUUUUUUUUUUUUGUAUGAGUACAGUGUAGCUAGUGGUUAUGUAGUGUGCAGCGACCAAUAUUAUAUAUACAGUAACAGUGGAAACUAUAAGUGUCUUCUUUACACCAAACCAACUUUGAUAAAGACCAUUAACAUACUUGCUUGGGUUAUUAGUAUUACGUCUUUCUCAAUGCUAUGGACGGUUCAGUGGGAGGCGAUUCUGUUUUGGUUUGGAGUUGGAAGGAUCAAGAAGCUAAGCUAUGGAUGGAAAUUUUUAGGAUCCAAAUCUGUUUCAGUUGGAGACGAGGAUCAAGAACCUAUUUACUCAAAGAAACUAAUAAAUAACCCACCAAUCGGCAUAGGAAAAGAUUUGGCUCCAUGAGAAUUUGGAAGGAAGCUAAAAAGUAAGAAACUCCCUCCAAUCGUGAUCAGUCAUCAGAAGCACCUGCAUUUCGGCACCUUGCAAAAGAUGAAUUGGGCACUGCAGUUUUCCAUCCCAAAACACCCGUGUCUGACUUAAGUGCCACUAAUUAUCGAAUCAGAAUCACAAAGAUAAAUAACAGUUUCCAGAAGGGGUUAAAACCAUAUAAAAGAAUUCUCAGUAAUUGGGAUUGUAAACCGGCCUAUUGUGUCCCGAAACCAACAGGAUUAGGGUUCAAGGGUCUUCGUCCGGCGAUUAAUUGAUUUUGGCACCAAGCGGCAGUCAGGUCGCCAUGGAUGAGGCGCCUGCUGUUGACUCUUAGAUUGGAGCCUUAAAGAAAACCAAAACAAAAGGAAGAAAUACAUGGAGUGGAUCAUAUCCACGCACUGGGCCUAGAUUGGCGAGGGAGGGAGGGAGUGGCAGAAGAUGAAACCAUAAUCAGAAAGGCUGCUGCAACGAGAGGAAGGGCGGCGGAGUCUAUCACAGCGAGCGGAAGAGAUUUGGAGCUUUUAAAUAGAAACCUUGACUCGAUCUAGGGUUUUUUGCUUUGCUAGGCCUAGCCGAAAUGGACACUUGGUAAUGCUAAAUGGGCUGCAACGAGAGUGAAAGUAGAAAGAUCAUUUUUGUCUUUACACAUUUAUCAUUAAUUUCAUUUAAAAAUAUCAAUAUCAAGAUUUGAACCCGGGUCUGUUCAAACAAAGAUAACAAUUACAACCAGUUACACUAAACAAAUUUAUUGCAUCAUUCUUGACUAAACAAAUUUAUUGCAUCAUUCUUGAUACAAAACAUAGACAAAGUUAAUCUCUGAAAAUCAGAGGACUUUUUCAUCAUAAUUAGCAAGCUCACUAAGUCUACCGUAUGUAUUUUUAUCGAGCUUGAUACUUCUAUUUUCGUAGUAGAGUUUCAUGUAAUUUUCUCAAUUUUAAAUUCUCGCUCUCUCCUUAAUUUUUGCUAAAGGUAAAUGGGUAAUUGGCUAACAUGGAAGAAACUAAUCAUGUAACUACGUGUUGUAUCCUUGCAUUUUUCAAUUUAAAUUUAAAUUUUGUGAUUUUUUAUCUUUGUUCUUUUCUCUUUCUAACUUCCUCCGAAAUUUCAUCAUUCGUGCAAUAGUUUGUGCCUUUCACUUCUCAGUACAAUACUGUCAUUGAAAAUCAAUCUUCAGGUAUCUCUUGGCACUACGGUUUUAUUGUUGGGGAUUUUAAGCUGGGUGAGUAGAAGAUUUCAACUCUGAUAUCAAUCCAUGGCGAAUAGAAUGGAGUUCAUCAAUAAUUGGAGUUGUAGAAGGAGGAUUAGAAAUUGAAUUUUUGGUUGAAUAUAGAUGACUUGAAUCAACAACUCUCCAUUUCUUUUUGAUUAGUGACAUAUUGUUUCUAAAAGGAGAGCAUUGAACCCUUUAUAUAGGAUUGUGAUGUUUAAGAUUUAGUUUCAAACUAUCUAUGGGUCGUGUGAGAAUUUCAGUUAGCUUUUAUACUCUAUAUUUAUUGACUGUAAAAAAAAACUAACCAAUAGCAUUUUAACAUGGACUUAAUUAGCAUUAUGAAAAUGGGGUCAAUGAUACAUUUUUAUAUUUUAUAUUCUUAAAUGAUUAUGAUAUUUCUCCGAAUGUUCGACCUAUAUAUUAUUUCUUUAUGUAUCAUCUCGAUCGAAUGAUUGUCAAUAAGAUUAAACGGGUUAAUAGACUUAAAAGUAACAUAAAAAUACAAAUAAUCAAAUAUGAGCAUUCCGGCCAAAGGGCCGGGUUAUAAGCUAGUUACUAGAAUAGAGAAAUUUUGUUUGGUACCAAAUGAAUCGAGAAUUCAUUUUAUUGUAAAUUGAAUUACUGUGUAGAAUUCAUUGUCAAAUGAAAUAUUGUGUUUGGUAUGUCGUAUUCAAAAUGAAUUCUUUAAAUACCAAACACACAAAUGUUUUAUUUCAAAAUGAAUUCUUCAAAAUUUAUUGAAUUCAUUUAUACCAAACGGUAUGUUAGGGUUGGUGGGAUUACGUGGAUUUGAGCAAUAGAGAUAAUUUUGACAUGUGCAAGAUAGAUUUUUUGAAAAAUAGGUGAAAUUUGGAGAUCUACCUUUGCGCUCGGGGGCCAAUUUCUGUUCCGUACGAGGAAACCUUUGCACGCCUCAGUUACUUUUUGAGAGGCCUACACCCCAUAGAAACUGUCUACCUGAGACUGUCCCUUGUGUUACAAUGGCCGGGACAAAGGGUCGCGAUCCCGCGAGGGUGAGCUUACUCCAAAAACUCGUUCUCAGUUCAGAUUGUAGGUUGUAACUAGCAACAACAACCCAAAAAGCUGAAGAAGCUCACCCAUACAAGUAGAAUAACUAGCAACAACAACCCAAAAAGGGCUGCAAAAAUAGGUAAAGUGGGUUUGAGUUUUCAUCGAAGUCCGGUAUUCAAACCCUUUUAAUACUUUAUAUCGUAGUGAGUGGCUCGCAAUCUUAGUGUAUAUUACAAUGAAUUGCUCGAAACUACACCGCGAAUUAAUCCCGACUAGAGUCCAAGUUUUUAAACUCUAGUCGGGUGCAGUAUAGGGCAAGUAUUUAAUUGUCAAACCCGGGUCAGUCCAUGUACCCCUACUUCAAUCGCUUAGUUUGUUAUCUAGCAAACGUUUUUGGGUUUAAAACUAAGAAACCUACAAAUGAAAACAAGCAAGUAAAGUAAACCGAGGUUG